GCCGUCUACACCUUCCCCUACACUUGCGAGUGGUUUGACCCGCCGGCUCCUUACCUGAUCUGUUUCCCGGAAGCGCCCUGCGCCCCUUGGAUGGAGAAUCGAUUUAUGAAGUGAAGGGGUGGGGGUAGGCCAGCCUCCUGCCCAGGAAGAGAAGGGAAUGACCUCUCCCCCCUGGGAUCCUGCUCCCUCCCCAGCUGAGCCCUCAGAGGACCAAGGCCUGGCCCAGGCAGGGGGCCUGGAGACAGAGGCAAUGGCCCCUGGGAGCCACAGCCCCCCAGCCCAGGAGGUGGUGACAUUGAAGGACGUGGCUGUGGACUUCACAGAGGAGGAGUGGCACCUCUUGGACCCUCCUCAGAAGGAGCUGUACAAGGAGGUCAUGCUGGAGAAUGUCCAGAACCUUCUGUCCCUGGAUGCAGUGACCAGGUUAGAAGCCAAUGAGACUAUUACCAACCUGAGUGUUUCUGUGGAAGAAUUUUGGCAGCUAAACUUCAUGGGUGACAGUGCCCAUGACUUUCCUUUGAGAGAAAUCUGUGACUCUGAUGUCAAGGAAGAUAAAAAUCCAAAGAAUCCCCAUGAAUGUGACAGAGUUGGAAAGAGCUUCACACAAUAUUCAGUCCUAAAUCACCACAAUAAAAUGACCUCAAGAAAUGACUGUUUCCAGUACAGUAAAUACAGGGAAUGCUUUACUGAACAGGUAGAGCUUAAUCAGUCCCAUGAGAAGCCUCUUGAAAUGCAAAUCCAUCAAGGUAAGCCACAGAAAAUGGCCUUCAGCUUGAGUUCAGACAGCAUUAGACCUUGGAAAGGCUACACUAGCAAAAGACUUUAUGUAUGUGAUGAGGGAGGAAAGUCCUUAAGCCAGAACAGUAAGAUCAUGAAUCCUCAGAAAAUUCCCACUGGACAGAAACCUUAUGAAUGUAGUCAUUGUGGAAAGACUUUUAUGCACAGAUCUACUCUUGCUAACCAUCAGAGGAUGCACACUGGAGAGAAACCUUAUAAAUGUAAUGAAUGUGGAAAGGCUUUCACACAGAAUUACAGUCUUGCUACCCAUCAGCGAAUCCACACUGGAGAGAAACCUUAUGGAUGUAGUCAUUGUGGAAAGACUUUCACCCAGAGCUCUCAUCUUACUAGACAUCAGCAAAUCCACACUGGAGAGAAACCUUAUGAAUGUAAUGAAUGUGGAAGGGCUUUCACACAGUACUACAAUCUUGGUCAACAUCAGAGAAUCCAUGUUGGAGAGAAACCUUAUGGAUGCAUUCAUUGUGGAAAGGCUUUCACAACACGUUCCAGUCUUAAUGACCAUCAGAGACUUCACACUGGAAAGAAACCUUAUGAAUGUAGUCAUUGUGGAAAGACUUUUACACACAGAUCUAAUCUUGCCAGCCAUCAGAGAAUCCACACUAGAGAGAAACCUUAUAAAUGUAAUGAAUGUGGAAAGGAUUUCACACAGGACUCCAGUUUUGCUAGGCAUCAGAGAAUCCACACUGGAGAGACACCUUAUUAAAAUAAUGCAGAGGGGCAGGUAGGUGGCACAGUGGAUAAAUCACUGGCCCUGGAUUCAGGAGUACCUGAGUUCAAAUUCGGCCUCAGACACUUGAUACUUACUAGCUGUGUGACCCUGGACAAGUCACUUAACCCUCAUUGCCCCACUUAAAAAAUAAUGUGGAAAGGCUUUCCAAUGCAACUCCAACCUUCCUGCACAUCAUUCGGAUAAUUUACAUUGGAGAGAAACCUUCUGAACAUAAUCCAUGUGAAAAGGUUUUCUAAUUUAAUUCCAAUCUUGCUGAACAUCAGAGAAUCCACACUAGCGAGAAACCCAAUAAAAGUAAUCACAGUGUAUUCCCACAAAGCUCCAGUCUUUCUGAACUUCAGAGAAUCCACCGUAGAAACUUCAUGAAUGUCAAGAAUGUCGCAGAUGCAGUGGCCAGGUUAGAAGUGAAUGAGACUAUUACCAACCUGACUGUUUCUGUGGAAGAAUCUUGGUAGCUAAAAUUUAUGGGUGACAGUGCCUAUCAGUUUCCUUUGAAAGAAAUCUGUGACUCUGAUGUCAAGGAAGAUAGAAAUCCAAAAAAUCCCCAUGAAUCUGACAGAGUUGGAAAGAGUUUCACACAAUAUUCAGUCCUAAAUCAUCAUGAGAAAAAGACCUCAAGAAAUGACUGUUUCCAGUACUGUAAAUAUAGGGAAUGCUUUACUGAACAGGUAGAGCUUAAUCAGUCCCAUGAGAAGCCUCUUGUAAUGCAAAUCCAUCAAGGUAAGCUACAGAAAAUGGUCUUCAGCUUGAGUUCAGACAGCAUUAGACAUUAGAAAGGCCACACUAGCAAAAGACUUUAUGUAUGUAAUGAAGGGGGAAAGUCCUUAAGCCAGAACACUAAGAUCAUGAAUCCUCAGAAAAUUCCCACUGGACAGAAACCUUAUGAAUGUAAAGAAGGUAAAGCAACCUUAACUCAUCAGCCAACUCUUCCUUACCAUCAUCGAUUUCAUGGAAUGGAAACAUAUGUAUCUAAUGACUAUGGGAAGGCCUUUGAUUCCAACUUAGAUCUUGUUAGACAGGAGGAGAUUCAUAUUAAAGAGAAGCUUUAUAAAUGUAAUGAAUGUGGGAAAGCCUUCUGCUAUAAAUUAGUCCUUACUAGCCAUCAGAGAAUCCACACUGGAGAGAAAUCUUAUGAAUGUAAUCAUUGUGGACAGGCUUUUACAGAUAGAUCUUAUCUUGCUAAUCAUCAGAGAAUGUACACUGGAGAGAAACUUUAUGAAUAUAAUGUAUGUGGAAAGACUUUCACAGAGCUUGCCAAUCUUACUAAAUAUCAGCAAAUUCACACUGGCCUGAAACUUUAUGAAUGUAGUUAAUAUGGAAAGACUUGCACACAGCUCUGCUCUUGCUAACCAUCAGAGAAUACACUGGAGAAAAAUCUUAUAAAUAUAGUUAUUGUGGAAAGACUUUCAGACAGAACUCAAAUCUUACUGAACAUCACCAAGUCCACACUGGAGAGAAACCUUAUUAAAAUAAUGUGGAAAGGCUUUCCAACCUUCCUGCACAUCAUUCAGAGAAUCUACAUUGGAGAGAAACCUUCUGAACUUAAUACAUGUGAAAAGGUUUUCUGAUUUAAUUCCAAUCUUCCUGAACAUCAGAGAAUCCACAUCUGAGAAACCUGAUAAAUGUAAUCACUGUGGAAAGGUUUUCUCACAAAGCUCCAGUCUUUUUGAACAUCAGAGAAUCCACAUCAAAACUUCAUGAAUGUCAAGAAUGUAGCAGGUAUGGAAAGACUAAUGAACAUCGAUGUAUAGUGAAGUGAGCAGAGCUGAGAGGACAUUGUUCGUAGUGACAGCAGUAUUGCUCAGUGAAUAAUUGUGAAUGACUUGACUACUCUCAGC